AUGGACGAUGCGCGCGCGCGGUGGCAAAAGGAAACGAACGAGCUCGGGUUUGUCAAAGAGUGUGGGUCAUCGGUUUUGACGGGGUACGUGCGCCACACGAUUCGUGCAAACGGAUACGAACGGCAGCCCAUCCACUCGACAGUCGACGCGUGA